AGUUAUCAUUUAGUUAUUCCCGUGAUUAACACGAGGUACUUUGAUGAGAACACAGCCUACCAAUGGAUGAAAGCUUACUCACCCGUGAUCAAACCUCCAGCAAAUCUCGCCGAAAUUCAGGAUGUUAUUUGCCCUGUCGAUACGUGCUAGCAAUGUUGGCUUGCGCAGGUUUUUCUGUGGUUUACCUGUUACGAGUGAACUUGAGUGUGGCUUUGGUUGCAAUGGUUAAUUCGACUUACGCUAAUUCGAAGGCUUCCGCGAAUAAUCCUGAAUGCCAAAGAAACACAUCAAAAACAUCUACAGAAAAGGAGGGAGAGUUUGAGUGGGAUCAGGAGACACAAGGACUCAUCUUGGGGUCAUUUUUCUAUGGUUAUAUUAUUACUCAAGUGCCUGGUGGCUGGUUAGCUGCACGAGUUGGGGCCAAGUACUUAUUUGGUUUUGGAGUACUUUGUACAUCAAUAUUGACAUUGUUUACCCCUGCUGCUGCAAAUCACAGUGUUGGGAUGUUUAUUCUAGUCAGAAUAUUGGAGGGUUUUGGAGAGGGUGUGACGUUCCCAGCCAUGCAUGCCAUGUGGAGUAACUGGGCUCCACCAUUAGAGAGAAGCAAGCUUUGCACCUUGUGUUAUUCAGGCCUUAGUAUUGGGACAGUAAUUGGCUUGCCAUUGGCUGGUGUGCUGUGCUCAUCUGAUCUUUGGGGAGGAUGGCCAUCUGUAUUUUAUAUUUUUGGAAUGUUAGGUAUUCUUUGGUUCAUUAUUUGGAUGAUCUUUGUUCAUGACAAACCAGCAAAUCACCCCAGAAUAUCUGAGAUGGAGAGAGAUUACAUCAUAUCAAGCAUAAGUUCUGGACAGGACAACAAGAAAAGAAAUUAUGGCACCCCUUGGCGUCAUAUAUGGACAUCACCAGCUGUUUGGGCCAUCAUUGUGGCACACUUUUGUAACAAUUGGGGUUUUUAUACUUUUCUUACCUGCUUGCCCUCAUACUUUAAAGAAGUUCUUAAUUUUUCAAUUUCUAAGAAUGGUUUUGUUUCUGCCAUUCCCUUUUUAUUAGCUUUUUUUGUUUCGGUUGGUGGGGGACAAGUGGCAGAUUGGUUGCGUUAUAACAAAAUAUUAACAACUGGAGAGGUUCGCAAAGUAUUUGGUACUGGAGGUUUUCUCAUUCCUACAUGUCUUAUGGUGUCAACAAGUUAUGUUGGUUGUGAUGACACAACUCUAGCUGUUGUUUUGUUCUCACUUGCUCUUGGAAUGUCAGCACUUAAUACAUCUAGCUAUAAUGUCAAUCACCUGGAUAUUGCCCCAAGAUAUGCUGGGGUCCUCAUGGGAAUUACCAACUCAGCAGCAACAAUUCCUGGGAUGGUUGGUCCCUACGUGGUUGGUUAUUUAACCAACAAUGAGCCAACAAGGGCACAGUGGCAGAAAGUAUUCUAUAUAUCUGCUGGUAUUUAUGUUGUUGGCUGGAUCGUUUAUAUGCUUUUGGGAAGUGGCAAGCAGCAGCCAUGGAACACUCCAUUUGAGGAUCUUUUGGUGCCCAUUGAUAUUCCCAGGGAGCCAAGAAAACCUGUUUUGACUGAUCUCCUUUCAGUGAACAAUCCAGAAUAUCAGUUUGCUGGUGCAUCUCAUUCUGGAGUGGAAUAGCGAUUUUUUUCAGGCCUGUUCUUUACACGCUUAUUAGAGGAGAAUGGCUAUGAACACCAUCUGUGUUUUAUUUGAGUUUAGGUUGGGUGCUGAGUGACUGUGUACAUUCUUUCCUUUGCCUUUGGGAGAAAAAGGGCAGUAACAAAAACAGAUUUUUAAGGAGCAUAAUGACAUUACCUCGGUAAACAAAUGCCAGAUUUUAAUAUUAAUGGAGCUACUUUUUUUUUAACUUUCUAGUCAUCAUUAUAAAAAAAUUUUUGGAUUUUAAAUAAUUUUAGUGUGGAGAAAAAUAAUGGUUUUAUAAUGACAGAAAAUAAGAUUUUAUGGAUAUCCCAAACCCAGAUCUUUUGAUGGAGUUCAUUUUCCUUGAAUGUAAAUUUCAGAGCAUGAUGAUGAUUCUUAAAAUUUUAAUUUUUUGUGGUUUUAAGAGCAAUUCAUUGUGAACGAUGCAGGAUUUGCAUUUCACGAAAAUAACCUUGAGCUGUAUUUCCUUUCUGAGCGAAGAAAAGGGGGAAGGUAUGUGUCACUGCUUCAAUUGAUUAACGGAUAGGGUCUGAAUUGAUCACGUAAUUAUACUGUCAUGAAGAUAAGGCUUUAAAAGGCCAAAAGAUUACUCAA